AGAGAGAGAGAGGAGAGAGGUCUGAAAGCUCAAUGGGCAAACGCAGAGUCCUGAUGUGCUAGUGCAUGUUGUUCCUCCGGCAAGUUCGUCCAAUUCCCCGGGAUUCUUUAAGUUUUCGGCCCAAGUUGCGGCCGCUGCUCGUUUGUUUUACUUGCGGCAGUUUCUACUUGCUUUUACCUCCUGCAAAGUUCGCCCCAUCGUCGAGGAUCAAGAGGAAGCUGCACGCGGGAAACACCCAUGAUUCCCUUCACUUGUCUAGCGGCCACGUCCAGAUAGAGCUCAUCUCUCCCUCCAUAGACCCUCUGUCUGCCCUGAUCGCCCGCUCCCGGCGCCUCCUGUUCCACGAAGCUCCUCUGCUCACUCCAUGGCGCCUCCGUUUACACACAGCUGCCCUCAUCGUAGCUUCAUUCUCACAUUUUAGCUCUUUUGCCUGUUUGGUUUCUCCGCCGCCUGUCAAACACGCACAAGUCCUGGUCGUCCAGUUCGCGCCACACAACCGCUGAGCCAUUCCGUCACUCUCCUAAUCGCUCUGUUCCCCUGAUGGGCACCAUAUCAGACAGCAGUGCCACAUUCCCGUCUUCAUCGCUGAGAACCUCUCUCCACCCCUAACUGCCUCACCAAGACCCACACCGACCAAACCCAAUGGAGACGGCAGAUAUGAUGAUGACGAGCACUUUGACAAUGGACAAGGAAGAGAAUGAGGGCGAUAGGGAACAAGGGAAGGAGGAGGUGGGGGGAGAAGAGGAGGGGACACAGCAGGAAAAUGGUCGAUUGGUGCUGCCUGAUGGAGUCGCUGAGAGGGGACCCAAGAGCCUGACCUCCGGUUCUGGCCAGCGUGUAUCAAACGGCUUCACCACGUCCACCCCUCAGAGCCCGAGGGAGGGGCCGGGGACGGCAGCUUCGUCCGGGGGCUCGGCCUCGGCGCCUGGAGGUGGCACCGGGCCGGCGCCACACGGAGGCCUCAGGACUCUGGUGGUCCAGCAAACCAGCCUGGAGAGGCCUCGAGAAACCUGGAGCAAGAAGAUGGACUUCCUGCUGUCGGUGAUCGGCUACGCCGUGGACCUGGGGAACGUCUGGCGCUUCCCCUACAUCUGCUACCAGAACGGAGGAGGCGCCUUUCUGCUGCCCUACCUGCUGAUGGCCGUGUUCGGGGGCGUGCCCCUCUUCUACAUGGAGCUGGCGCUCGGCCAGUUCCACCGCAGCGGCUGCAUCUCCAUCUGGAAGCACAUCUGCCCCAUCUUCAAAGGGAUCGGCUUCGCCAUCUGCAUCAUAGCCCUCUACAUCGCCUUCUACUACAACACCAUCAUGGCCUGGGCCCUGUACUACCUGCUGGCCUCCUUCCGACCCACCCUGCCCUGGACCACCUGCACCAACAGCUGGAACACGCCCAACUGCCACCGCUACAUGUCCAGCGACCACAACGUGUCCUGGUCCAACUCGUCCACCUCCCCCGCCGAGGAGUUCUAUACUCGCCAGGUGCUGCAGGUCCACCUCUCCCCGGGUCUGCACCAGCUGGGCUCUGUCAGCUGGCAGCUGGCCCUCUGCCUGCUCUUCAUCUUCACCAUUGUCUACUUCAGCAUCUGGAAGGGAGUCAAGACGUCUGGAAAGGUGGUUUGGGUGACUGCCACCUUCCCCUACCUGGUCCUGCUGGUCCUACUGGUCCGCGGGGCCACUCUGCCAGGGGCCUGGAGGGGCGUCGUCUUCUAUCUCAAGCCUGACUGGGAAAAGCUGCUCAGCACUACAGUGUGGAUUGAUGCAGCAGCUCAGAUCUUCUUCUCUCUGGGUCCAGGCUUUGGCGUCCUCCUUGCCUUUGCGAGCUACAACCCCUUCCACAACAACUGCUACAAAGAUGCGUUGGUCACCAGUUCUGUGAACUGUCUGACCAGCUUCCUGUCUGGCUUCGUCAUAUUCACUGUGUUGGGAUACAUGGCCGAGAUGAGACAGCAGGAUGUGGAUGCUGUGGCCAAGGAUGCUGGUCCAAGUCUGCUGUUCAUUAUUUAUGCAGAAGCCAUAGCAAACAUGCCUGCCGCCACCUUCUUCGCCAUCAUCUUCUUCCUCAUGAUCAUCAUGCUGGGGCUGGACAGCACGUUCGCGGGGUUGGAGGGGGUCAUCACGGCGAUGCUAGACGAGUUCCCUCACAUCCUGGUGAAAAGGCGAGAGUGGUUUGUCUUUGGCCUGGUGUGUGUCUGCUACCUCGGGGCUCUGUCCACACUCACAUAUGGAGGGGCGUUUGUGGUGAAGCUGUUCGAGGAGUACGCCACGGGCCCCGCAGUCAUUACCGUCGUCCUGCUUGAAGUCAUCGCUGUUUCCUGGUUCUAUGGUACCAACCGCUUCUGUAAUGACGUCCAGAUCAUGCUUGGUUUCUACCCGGGGUGUUUCUGGAGGGUCUGCUGGGUGGCCAUCUGCCCCUGCUUCCUGCUGUUCAUCAUCAUCAGUUUCCUGGCCUUUCCUCCGGAUGUCAAGUUGUUCGACUACCAUUAUCCGCCAUGGACCACCAUCUUGGGCUACUGCAUCGGUGUGUCCUCGUUCAUCUGUGUCCCUGCUUACAUGGCCUACCACCUGCUCAAUGCCAAGGGUACAUUCAAACAGCGUUUGUUAAAAAGCAUCACUCCAGAGCCCAGCAGUGAAAACCACAGAGACUUCAUCGUCACCAACGCCAUCUGACCGAAGCCGGACCCAGAUGCAGGAACUCCACUGUAGCUCCAGUAUGUAGAGCUCCUUCCUCUGGACACACUGCAAAACUACAGGACCAGAGGCUACUGCAACUUUCACCGUUCUGCCUCUUUUCCCCCGUCUUCUCCUUGUUUACCUUUCACACACCGAUCUCUAGAAAUAGAAGCGGAGUCAGCUGGAGCCAGGAUGCAGUAGAGUCCUCUGGCAUCACUCUCAAACCCAGGGCCCAGUUUAUGUUCAACAUUUAUCACCGAAGUAAUUUGAGGACCAAACUUUCCUUCAGGUUAUAUAGUUAAGAAGUAUUUUAUAUAAUAAUACAAACAAGGACCCAGUCUGUGUUUGUACCACGCAGUCAAACUGGAAAUACUUCAUAUUGAAAUCAGUUGCAAAAGGCCGGACAGUUCAUUCCAUGCUGUUAAGUUAUGCAUUGUAAUAUGUAGCAGAAAUCAGGUAUAUUUUUACAUUUGUUACCAAAGCCAAAUAAAUGAUAUGUUCUGUCCAUAUCUUUAAAUAUCUUUUAUUAAGUACUUAACUGUAUUGUAGCCAUGUUAUGUUCACUGUCAACCUGUGCUUAUUUGACGACACGUUGGAGUAACAAUGGUUUUGCAAUGACUUCCCUACACUGUGAAGCACUGGUAGUGGCGUGUGUGUGUGUGUGUGUGUGUGUGUGCGUGUGUGCGUGUGCAUCAAAAAAGUAGGAAAACGGCUCACGGACAAGCGACCGUGUGUGUUCAGACAAUAACCGCAAUAUAGGAGGCGUAUUUAUUGGAUGGAGUGUGUCACGGUGGCCGUCCUCAUACAUGCACUGUGCUGAUGGCCCUUUAACCUCAGUGACAUUCAGCACCGUGUCGUCGUGUCAUCAGCGAUAGAAACCAAAUAUGGAUCAGAGCUAAUAACAUCAUCCACGUCCCGUCUUUACAAAUCCACGUUGCUCCUCUUUACUUUCUACCAAAAACCUGCGCGAGUGCGUCCGUGUUGCGCGCGAGUGCCGUACAUCCACGUGUGUGUUUGCUGCUCCGUCUGGUGUCGGUGUUAUCUCUCGUGAGCCCCCGUCUCCUCCCUCCAUGGGCGUGUGAACGUGUGAGGAUCGGACGCGUUCAGCCCCUUUGGUGUGUGCAUGCUGUCACAAGUGCGUGUCCUGUGCUUCAAAUGUGUGAGUGUGUGUGUGAGUGUGUGUGUGCCUGCGUGCAUGUGUGUGUGUAAUGUGAACUGUGGUCUUGUUAACUGCCAAAUUAUCUAAUGAAGGAUGUAAAUUCCCUCCUGCCUCUCGCUUUCCCAUGUACCUCUCACGCUUAUGUAAGAUCUAUAUAUGUCAAAUGGCUGUAUUGAGAAAUACACCUGUAUAGAGUGAACUAUAAAUAAAUGGGGAAUAAUAAAGAUAUAUGGAAAUAAAUAUCAUGCCUCA